UUCCUGACAUCUACUGUUCCUGACAUCUACUGUUAGUGGUUGAGGUUUUAACUCCUCUAGGAAGAAAAACGUUUCACUGUGAGGAGGAAUGUCGACAGUCGGAGCCGACGGGGACAGAAAGUCAGACGCAGACAUGGAUGGAGACUCUGGGAAAAUCAGCCCGCUGGUGGGCGAGGACGAGUUCAAAGCGUCCUGCGCCAAAGAGAUGGCCCUGCUCGAUCUGAUGGAGAAGACGGGAUACAACAUGGUGCAGGAGAACGGACAGAGGAAGUACGGUGGACCCCCGCCAGGCUGGGAGGGCCCGCCCCCGCCACGGGGCUGCGAGGUGUUUGUGGGGAAGAUUCCCAGAGACAUGUACGAGGACGAGCUGGUCCCCCUGUUCGAGAGAGCCGGCAGGAUCUACGAGUUCAGGCUGAUGAUGGAGUUCAGCGGAGAGAACCGCGGCUACGCCUUCGUCAUGUACACCAACAGAGAAGCGGCUCAGAGAGCCAUCCAGAUGCUGGACAACUACGAGAUCCGUCUGGGGAAGUUCAUCGGAGUGUGUGUGAGUCUGGACAACUGCCGCCUCUUCAUCGGCUCCAUCCCCAAAGACAAGAGGAAGGAGGAGAUCAUGGAGGAGAUGAAGAAGGUGACGGAGGGGGUGGUGGAGGUGAUCGUGUACCCCAGCUCCACAGAUAAGAGCAGGAACCGAGGUUUUGCCUUCGUGGAGUAUGAAUCCCACAAAGCGGCGGCCAUGGCCCGGAGGAGGCUGAUACCUG